GUCAGGGCACGAGUGAUCGACGACCCGAAGCUCGUCGACCAUGCCCUAGCGGAGCUGGAGUUGACCGCGAGCAACCCGUUUGUCGGGUUGGAUUUGAAGACAUGCAGGGAUGCAUUGGGGAGGAGGAGAUGUGCACUUCUCAUACUAUGCACAAACACCAAGUGCCUCAUCAUCCAAUUGGACCCCAUGACCACAAAAAGCCAAAACGCUCGAAUCCCUUGCGUUCUCGGGUAGUUUUUGUCCGACAAGUGUCUCUGUUUCGUUUCGUGUCCCCGAACGAGUUCACGAAGAGGACGAGUAGUUUGUCGUUUCGCGAGAACGCAAACGUGGUGACCCUCACGCAAUUUUGCGGGCCAAGUUACUCACCUCGCGUCUUUAAGUGUAAGAGGAUUUGGACAGUUGAAGUUGGAGAGUACGCGGCUAGGGUGCUUAAGAACCCAAAGCUUCUCAAGUGCAAGUCACUUGAGAAACUGGGAGUCGAGGCUGGAGUCGACCUAAACACCACCGCCCUUUUGGACAGUGGUGGAAGGGCUAAACGGCCUUCGCCCAAGUGGGGCUCUAAGCUUUUCUUUGAGGAGGAAGUGGUGAGCAUCAUGUAUGAUGCAGUUGGGUGUUAUCUUAUUGUUCAAAAGCUCUUGGCUUCAUGAGUAAAACUAAAACUAAUUAUCCAAACAACAUAAUAUUAUCAAUAAGUGUUUUGAAUAAUUUUGUAAUGGUGCAGAUUAAUUUGAAAAAUGUUAGCUAAAGUAAAGCACUGCAAUUACAUUAGAUAGUCUUUUUUAAACACUGAAACUAAACGUCAAAGCGGUAG